CAUAGCGAUAUUUACUUUGUUACGUCAACAGUAAAAUAACGUCAUAACGUCAACGUUUGCAGAGCGGCACUAGCAACGAUACAGACUAACAGAAUACAAAACACAGAGAGAGAAUGUUUCGGAAUUUUUACGCAGAGCAAAAUAUGGCAGACCCUAGAGACAGUUGGUUUAAACCAAACCUGCUUUACAACAUUCAUUACAAGCCACCAAAGCCAUCGACACAACCAAAGAUGAUGGUAGUUACAAGGGAGUUCAACCCAAGUAUUUGUACUUGCGGUGAACACGGUUGUGAACCACACUAUAGAAUGGAGAGAGAAGUUGUUUGGUCAAAUAAGGAAGCAAAAAGCAAAGAAGACAGAGCACUAAGAGAAAUCGUUCAAGUUGAAAGGAAUGUCACGACAAAGUUAGAGUACGACUAUAGCAGUCAAAACGAUGGAGAAAGCGAUGAUGAUAGUGAUAAGGCUGAUGAAAAUGAUGAAAAAUGGGGAAGUGACGCAUCCUUUGACGGGAAUGUAGAUGGUAUUCAAGAUAAAGUUAAUGGAAUGAUUGAUGAAGAAGUUACAAGGCAGAUCAAUGGAGUUGAAGAAUACAUUGAAACACGAAGAGAUAGUUUGCGUCAAAAAGGUGAUGAUGCUGAAAGCAGUAAUGACAGUUUGCCCAGAUUCGACGACCUUGCAAAGCUAGACAGAGCUGACAUUGAAGAGCCAGAUGUAAAAGAGCCUCUCGUUUAUCUUGAUGGAGACAAUAAAGAAUAUGGUUCAGCUUUUGGCAUCAUGAGGGUGUACUGUGAAAGUGAGCUGCAUACUGAAUGGUUAGGAACUGAAAGACUGAGCUUCGUGGUCACUAACUGAGGAGUGCCAUUUUCAAUUGUUGAUAAUUAUUGUACUAUGAAUAAUUUAAUAUAUAUUUUAUCAAGUGACAUAAAGUAGUUAACGUUACAUUUAAAUAGUGUUUUGUUUUCUCGCAACCACGUUCAAAGACUUCUUGCCGUUUCUUGUAACCAAGAAUGAUUGGUAUUUUUUUACAUGGAUAGCCAUUA